AUGGAGUGCCACCCCUCUAGCAUGCUGACUGCAGGCCCUUUGUCUGCAGCUGCCCAGAGGGUCAUGGCUGCACUGAGAGCUCAGUACGCAGGCAGAAUAAACAGGAGACCACACAUAGCAGACUCAUUUGGCAGAGCCUCCAGGCUGUCCCAAAAUCAGGGCACCAUCAACAAAACUCCGGAACCACACAUACAUACUAAAAUGCUUUAUGUGAGCUCCAGCUAUCAUAGGGAAAGCAUAGUAAAUUCUCCUCAUCCUGACCAGGUAGAGAAGCACAGCUAUAACACCAAGCCACAACUUCAUGAGGGGAGAGAGAGGCAAUUAUUCAGACACUCCCCAGAGAUGAAGCUCCCCAGCCAGCCUGACCUCCGGCAGUUGCAUAGUAGAGAUAACACAUUUAAUCAAUGGGGAGCAGAUAAACAAUGUGAUUGGAGGCCAAGGGAUUAUGGAGAUGAUGGCAGUCUGUCAGGAUUUAAUUCUGGUAAUAAUAUCCCAGGUCCCAGCAGAACCCCUCCAGAGCCAGAUCCACAGGGAGAAGAGCUUUUCCCCAGGAAUGGCUUUGUUAAUAGGGGAAAUCCACAGACUGUCAUGGGAUUACCAGAGACCCGUAGCCAGACCUUCAGUAGUAAGGAAGAAAUCCAGCUACUGGCUUGUAGUGAAGAGGAUUGUAAAGCAGAGGCAAUAACUCACACCCCUCCUGUGAAGAGAUGGAGGUUUGGUAAUCUGCAAUUACCCAUAAUCACCUGUUCAAAACAGUUUAAGGAAGAUGAUUGUGGGCAGAAGAGUGAAGUUGGGAAAACAAAUGAAAACCUUGAUAAGAUGCAGUUUUGGAGCUUUGAAGAGAAAACAGAAAUAACUGAAGAAACGGUAUUUGAUCAGAAUUCAGAUGGAGAAAUAACAGAGAAGUUUGAAUUUAAUUCAGUUUUGUUUGGGGGUGUUGUUAAAGAAAGCAGUUGUGACAAGGUAUGUGAAAAUGGACAGAAUGAAAUAGAAGAAUACUCAAGAUCACUGGAGUACCAGAGUUAUUUGAAAGAGACGCCAACAUCCAGGAGAGAAAGUCAGAAAAUUAGUUCCAUCUUGGCCGAUUCUUGUCAUGAUUCAGCUACGAAUAAAAUACUAACUAAUGGAAGCCAUCUGCCAGUUCAUCACACUUUGGUUUCACUCAGAACAAGUGACUUUGAUCAGUACACAGAGGACAAAGAAAAAGCAUCAGUGGUGGAGACAGAACCAGCCAAAGUGGAACAUGUCUGUCACAAUGCUGGCCUGUACGUGCAUCAGUCCGAUAUGAAAGAUAAUCAGAUGGAAACCCGGGAGCGUAGCAUAGAGCACAUUGCAGCUCCUAAAGUCACAGAAACGCAUCACAGCCAGCAGACCUUUUCACAGGUAGGUCAGAGGAGUUCUGGAGUAGAGUGUGUGCAGAACGUCACCCUUCCAGCCAAGCAGCAUGGAAAGUGGGAGCCUCCUCGAUCGUCAAAAGGGACUUCUCAAAUCACACUGUCGCAGGAGCCAUGCGCUAAUCAAACCUCAAACAUCAGUGGAUACACUAAAGUGCAACCUAUUCACCAGUUACAGCAGAGCAAAGGUAGAAGGCAAUUCCUAUAUCCACUGAAAAGUAAUCAGGAGGAGAUGCCAGUACAGACAACUGUCCCUUUGAGAGAAUGUAAGAAACAAGAAAAAGUGGAAAUCAUCUCUGACAUCCCUAAAGCUGCCCAACAGAGGUGCUCUGCUUCAGAGGUGAAUGAGCAGAUACACCCGGAGAGAGACAGGGAUGGGGACAAGACCUUAGAGACUACCAAACGUACUCUAGCCCUAACCUCUGACCCCCGAGUGUGUGAUGCCAGCUGUCUCUCACAGAAAGAGAGGAUGUAUGUGUUGGAGGAGGCUGCAAGAGCAAGGGCGCUGGUGGUUACGAUGGUAUAUCAGGAUGGAACCACACAACUGGACCCUGAGCAGAAAUGUCCCCUUGCUGUGUGUGGAGUUUUGGUACUGCUGAAGAAGAGUCUAGAUUCACUUGUUCUGGAGGAGACUGGAGAUGUUGAGGAGAAGUUGCUGUUUCUGAGACUGGAACAGAGACCUGUCUGGGCUCAGCAAGACCCACACAACCAGGAUCUAUUCACCAGAGAGAUACUGUUGAAGAUGGUGUGUGGAACUCAAACUUUAGUGUGUUAUAAAUCUAAAGAUUUCCUCCGAACAGCACUCAGGCAUUUCAACAAGGAACUGAGCUGGAAACAAGUGGCAGGUUGUCAGGUGUUGGAUCCUCAGAUUGCUGCCUGGUUACUAGAUCCUGCUGAUUCUGCUUCCUGCUUUCAGGACCUUUUCAACAAGUACUGUACUCGGACCACCACACACACCCCUGCACAGGCAGAGCUCAGACACAGGAAGGUAACCCAUGUGAUCUCCAGUCUGUCUCACCUACACAGGGUAAUGGUGGAGCUUCGGAAUAAGCUGGAGACACAGGGCUUAUGGGAGCUCUACUUCUGCAUGGAACAGAAAAUGAUUCCAGUUUUAGCAGCUAUGGAGAGCCACAGGAUCCAUGUGGACAGAGAUGCCUUAAAGAAGACAUCAGAGAUGCUGGGGACUAAGAUGAAGCAGUUGGAGCAGAAGGCUCACCAGACUGCUGGUCAGAAGUUCCUGUUGUCCAGCAGUUCUCAGCUUCGACUGAUUCUGUUUGAGAAGCUCCGCCUGCAUGAACGCUGUGAGAAUAAGAAGCUACCCAAAACAAUGCUCAAACAGCAGCAGUCUACCUCAGAGGCUGUGCUCUUACAGCUCCAGGACCUGCACCCCCUUCCCAAAAUCGUUCUGGAGUUCAGGCAGGUUCACAAGAUCAAGUCUACAUUUCUGGAUGGAAUUCUAUCUUGUAUGACAAAGACGUUCAUCUCCUCCACAUGGAAUCAGACGAGUACUGUGAGUGGUCGACUGUCUGCCAAACAUCCAAAUUUUCAGGCUCUGCCCAGGCAGCCAGUACAGAUCUCAAAGAAGCAGUGUGCCAGAGGGAAGGAGGCAGAGCUGGUAACUGUUCACCCACGUACCAUGUUCAUACCACAAGAGGGCUGGACUUUCCUUUCUGCAGAUUUCUGUCAGGUGGAGUUGCGUCUGUUGGCUCAUCUGUCGUCUGACCCCGAGCUCUUGAGAAUCUUCCAGAACCCUGAAGCAGACGUUUUUAACAUGCUCGCCUCUCAGUGGAAGGGUGUAAGUGAGGACAGUGUAAGUGCAGAGGACAGAGAGCACGCCAAACGCAUUGUCUAUUCUGUGGUCUAUGGAGCUGGAAAGGAGCGGCUGUCUGGUAUACUGGGUGUGAGUGCUGAAGAGGCCAGUCAUUUUCAGGACAGUUUCCUCCAGAAGUACAAAGAGGUGCAGGCCUUUAUCCAGUGCACUGUACAGCACUGCCACAAAUACGGUUACGUAAAGUCCAUAAUGGGUCGGCGCCGCUCCCUCCCUCAUAUCCAUUCAACAGACUGGGGCAUCCGGAACCAGGCAGAAAGACAAGCCGUCAACUUUGUAGUGCAAGGUUCUGCUGCAGACCUCUGUAAAAUGGCCAUGAUACACAUCAGCUCACUCGUGGCCUCUUCCACCACUCUCACAGCCAGGCUGCUGGCUCAGAUCCAUGAUGAACUACUCUUUGAGGUGGAGGACUCACAGGUGGAAGACUUUGCAGUGUUGGUGAAGAAAACAAUGGAGUCCCUUCAGCAUAUCGGUUGUCUCGGAGUCAGUCUUACAGUUCCUCUGAAGGUCUCUGUGUCCACAGGACGAUCAUGGGGCUCCAUGUGUGAAGUAAAUCUCCCCUAUGCUGCUACCACACACACCUCUGUUUGAGCCCGCUUUGAGGUUUCUCAGUGCCACUGUGUGAUUCUCUGCCCAGCUCUCUGCCUCUUGUUCUUUUCCUGGAUCGUUCACUGCCUCAUUGUGUUUCUCAUUUUCAGGGGCUCAUUUCUGUCUUUUUUGGUCUCUCUUUUUUUCAUUUUCCUGCCCCUCUCAUUUCUCCUCUCCUUCCCUAGGUCUUUCUCUGAGCUGAAACCCAUCGCCAUGGUAACUGGACUGCCGCAGCUCCUGGUUCUUGUUCCUCGCUUGCUGUAUCCGGGGGCAACCGUAGGAGCCUAGACUGGAUUGCACCAGUUUGUGUCUUUCUCUUCCUUCAGGCAUUUGUCUCCUUUCACCACUACUAGUCUACAUUUUUGUUCUGCGCCCUGGUUUCUAUCCAUCUCUUGUCCAGUCCCACUUUCUUAUCAUAAAUUUGUUUUAUGAAGCGAUAACAUGUUCAUCAAGCUUUUGUACUUGUCACCAAUUUAACUGUUUUCUUAACGAUUUUUGCAGUUAUUAAAUCUAUUAUUGGUCAUAUUUUAACAAUACAUAUUCCAAUUUCAACCAAAUGUAACUUGAGGUGAAAAUGUCACAGUGCUAAUUUUAUCUUAAAUCCCUGUUACGUUUGCCUUCUGUUACAGCAGCUUCUUGAUAAUUGCAGUAGUGAUGUUAUUACCAUAGUGGAAGAUGAAGGCACAGAUUAGCAGUGUGAUGGCAAGGGACCUGGUGCAUUAGCUACUAUUACAUUGAAUAAAAUUUCUUCAUCUCAGCUGCUUUCACAAUACCUGACUAAGACAUGAAACCAGUACCUUUUCUUCUGUAUAAUUUUUAGAAUUACAAUAUACACUGUCCUUAUACACACACACACACACACAAUUCAAUGCCAAGCACUCUGUCCCAGUUUCCCAGUCUUGCAAAGGUGCUGUGUCCCUAAAGUCCUCUUCAGCAGACCAUUUCAGCAGAAGCAUUUCAAUAAUCCUUCUAAUAAGUGUCCUUCAGUAACAACCUCCAUUGUACCCUGUGCUUUUUGGGGUUUAUAACCACUCAUAGUAGUUUCCUCAUUUCAAAAUGCUAUGAUUACUCUGGGGGUUUUAUAAAAUGUCUAUCACAACAGAUAAUAAUGUGCUUAUGAAU